AUGGUUUCAAUUCCCAAUUCCAGUCUUUGCUACCAAAACGUCAGAGUGUUCCUCGAGGAGUAUAAAAAGACCGAGACACAAAAGCUGUUCAAAGAUUUCGCGGACAUCACCAGGCAAAAAUGCGAGGAAUUACUGAAGAGUAUGAAUAUCAAGGGCGUGGUACAGAGCAGAUCGAAAGGAUAUGACUCGCUGGAGGUAAAGCUGAAUGGUAUGAUAAAAAGUCCUGAGUUCAUGAAAUGGUUCGCUGGAAUCGACAACGGCGGCGACUUGCACUUGUCUGGAGAUCUUUUCAACGUUGGGAAGGAACACAACGUCAGCGGCGAUGGCAAGGACAACAUCGACAAGCAUGGGGAGAGAGAUGCGGGCGAAUGUGGCAAGCGAGGGCGAAGUAUCUACGAACAUCCUGACUUGGGAGAUCUUGCGGGCAUACGCAUUGGGUUGUUCUUCCCCGGCGACGUCGUCAAGUUCGCAGAGGCGAUCAACGAAAUCUUCAAUGUGUCACAUAACUUUGGCACAGUCAUCGAUACUACACGAUCUGCUGUCGAGAGCAGAAACCGGGACAUCCAGAUACAUGGAAAUGGGCGAUGGAUCAGUCAAUCCCCUGGCCAGGACGUUCACUAUUGGGAGCACUACGGAUACAAAUCAUGGCAAGUAGUCGUUGGAUGGAAACAGCCUCUACCCAAGGAUGUCGAGUUGAUCGAGACCACUCUGGCUCAGAGCGAGGUUUUCGGCCCACUGAGAAUAGAGAUUCAGGUCGGGACGGUGGUAACGCAAGCCUGGGCCGAGGUGCAACACAGCAUCAUCUACAAAAGUUCUAACGAUAUCCAAGCGACGACGACUAUGAAGCGAAUGAUUGAUGCCAUCAAUGGUCUCGCAAUCACGAUAGACAUCAUGCUCACGGAGCUGGAACGAAGUCAGGCACAGGCAGAAAAAGAAGCAGAGGAGCGACGAGAGUCUGAAAAGCGUUUUCAUCAGGACAGGCUUAUGAACGCUUGCAAAACGGGCGAUGUCCAGACCGUAAAGCGGCGUCUCGAGGACGGGGUCGUUGUGAACGCUACUGGUGAGGGCUAA